AAUAAAAUUCGAUAUCAAUUUAAUUACUCGAGUAGCUUAAUUAUCCAUAAUACUGCAAAUGGACGAAAAGAUCGUAUUAUCUGACUUCUUAUUAUCAUUCGAGCGACAUUUUCCCAGUAUGGCUGCUUUUCUUCUGAGCAGAUAGGCUCUGUGGAAUGAUAUAUGUUUAAUCUCGUCGCAAGUAGGUAGGGAGAGUAGAGAAAAUAAAUACUCUAAUGAUUUGCCAUCCGAACCAUUUCGCGCCAGUACUACGUAGUCAAAUCUUCCAAAUCCCGAACUCAAGGACAACCAUUCAUCAUUUGAAGCCACAUAAUUCAGAUCUAAGAUUUGAAUUCCCAGAACACCACUUCGACCGCUCUGCUAUCUCAUUACCGCGAUGGCUCCCGACCAUGUCGAUAUCGUAAGCCGAGAUUUUGGUUUUGACAUUCUCCCCGAUGAGAUUGUGCAACAAAUACUUUACUACAGCUCCCCGCACGACACUCUCUCGAAUAUUCAACUACUUUCAAAGCGAUUCAACCGUUUGGGAAAUGAGCCAUUACUUUGGCGGCACCACUGUCGCGUACACUUCAAGUACUGGGAUGCGACACAUUCUUUCCUUCAAAAGCUUGCCGGCAUUGUGGGAGAUGUGGACUGGAAAAGCUUAUAUAUGCAUCGGAGGAACGUAGACCUAAAAACGACACAGGCUUUAAAUCGUCUUCUCGAAAGUCGGGCCAACCGUAUCGUGAACUUUGAAGAAAUUGGAGGCUUUGGUUAUGAUGCAAAAGACACGCUUUUGCGACACUGUCGCUCCCGUGGCAAUGACCAUCUUGCCAGAAAGUAAGCUAUUUGAUCCGCAAAAUAGUUUCUUCUCUAAUAUAUAUAUAUAGACACUAUGCUUGUGCAGUGCUUGACUUUAUUCAUCGCUCAAAGGCUCUCGCAGUUUGGUCGAAGCUUGCGGCGGGCGAGGAGGUACCUAUUGAAGCAGCAUUGGGGGCGCAUGAUAUGUUUAUCUUACACGACAACGUCGGGGACCUGCAGGAAGUAUGGUUUUUCUUUCUAUAUCACUACUUUAAGUAGGAUUUUAGCUAAUAUAUUUGCAUAGAUCUCUGAUAUUCUCGACGACCUUGCAACCCGCAUACGAGCUGACUACCCCAAAUUUGACUAUAUGUCCACCCGACAACAAGCCCUCGCAGUGGUUAAGUUUCUGCGGGCACGUAACCUUUUAGGACUCAAUUCCGAACUCAACUACCGCGAUUUACAAAAUAACUAUAUUGGUUUGGCGCUGCAGGAGCCAGAACAUCCUUCCCUACCACUGGUUUCUGUUGCAAUAUUUUGUGCGGUAGCCCGGAGAAUCGGGCUUGAUGCUAAGGUCUGUGGUAUGCCGAGUCACGUAUAUGCUAUGGUUUUCCCAAAGCCUUUCAUAGACCUCGAUGACAAGCCAGUGAAACAGAAGGAUAGUGCCGUGGAACCUAUGUAUCUAGACCCAUACCGUUCAACCUCAGAGAUUCCUGUGGAAAAUCUUCUGCGAAUGUGGACAGCUUGGGGUGUCCGAGGAGUAUCGUUUGCCGAAUUUGUCGCAGAUUCCUCUGCUACAAGCAAUAUCGUGCUCCGUACGACUAGAAAUAUAGUUACAACGAUUCGAGAGUAUCCUUACACACAAAACCGUCCCGCACAAGACCCAUCCUUCGUGACUACCAGAUUACAAAGUGUACCGUUAGUGGAAAUGGAUCAUGCAAUAUACUCAGUCACUUGGGCAAGCUUUCUUUUAACCCCGACACCGGCACCCCCUAGUCACGAUCAACAUCAAUUGGUACCCAUGCUGAUGUCCAAAUUCGAAAAAUCAUUUCCGGAGGACGUUGCUCUUAUCGAAAGAUACAUACUCUCAUCAUACAAUAGCUCCACCACAGAACACUCUGAACUAGCCGAGGAAUUAAGGGUGAUCCGUGCCGUAGACUCGACCCCAAGGCAAGUGCGGACUCGCAGCAAAUCUAAUGGGACGGAUCGGGUAAAAUUUAGGAUCGGGCAAGUAUUCCGCCACCAAAGAUAUGGUUACACAGCAGCGAUAAUUGGUUGGGAUGUCGGGUGCCACAUGGGCUCCAAUUGGAUAGCCCAGCAUCAAAUUGAUUUCUACCCAGGAGGUAGGAACCAAAGCUUCUAUCACGUACUGUAAGUAUCCACAAUAUGCACUUUGAACAGUGGAAGCGCUUACAAGCAUAACAGCGUAGAAGAUGCCAGCAUACGUUAUGUGGCCGAGGACAAUAUAGAUAUUGUUGAGCAGCCCGACGUAACAUCGUUGAUGAUUGUGGCAGGGCAAUAUUUCAAGCGAUAUGAUCAGGAGAAUGGUCAGUUCAUUGCGAAUUUCAGGGACGAGUAUCCUGACGACUAGCGUUGGUAUGUACAUAUAUUAUUACAAUUCGAUCUUUUGAAACCGGGAAUAAGAAGCGUGUUCUAAUGCCCACUUUAUGUCGACUGAACUUCUUCCAUUAUCUCUUUUAGGAGGCCUUUAUCAGCUAGACUUCUUAACGUGCGAUAGACCGUUGGCGUGUGAUCUUCCUUCCGUCUUCCUGCCUGCUCAUUCUCGUCAUUGAUCGAUGACAGUUCGUCUCUAUAAGCGAUGCGCAGUGCCUUUUGCUCGGCAAC